CGAGAGGCCCGUAGUUGCUUGGUUGAUUGGUUGAAUUGAUUGACACGAUUGAAUUGUGAUGAGCGCUGGCGCAAACAUCGCGCCGCUGAACCAGGGCCGCACGCCUACUACGCCGUGAAGAGCAGGAAUGCCAUGGGAGAUGUGAUCAACCCCGGCCGGACCAUCUCCAGAAAGAAGGUGCUGGAGAUGUUUCAGGUUACGAGAGACAAUACGUGGUUUCUCGGGGGGCCGGACGAGAGGCUGCUGGGAGUGCUGGAGGAGCGGAGGCUGAGUGAUGUGGCUGUGCUGAGUGACGACUGUUUCGUCCUCGAGGACGGUGAGCUGAACUGUUGAAGCGAUUGAGCAGUGUUUUGACGGUGGUGGGCGGUGUUGUGGUGCGCGUUUCAGGUGUGUUGCGGGACUCGAACCGAGCCGAGGAUCUUUCGGGCUACACCGCUACAGCAAUGUUUUUCAUUUUGUUGUGGCCUACAGGCACCAGGUCAGUCGAAACCUGCCACAGGCUGGACUCCCCGCAGGGAUUUCCCCGCUCG